GUUCUCUACACAUACGUUACGCAAUGCAAUCCAUACACGAAAAACGGUCAGAUACACACACGCACAGUCGCCUACACAGCAGACAUGCCAUGCCAUGGCCAUGCCCGACGCUGGCCAGACACCACCUAUCCGGCCAUCAAGCCAUCCAUCCAUCUCAUCGUGCUUCUUUCUAGCUAGGCUCACAAGAAGCUCCCUCUCACCCACCUCAACUACCGAUCUAUCUGUCUGCCUGCGUGCCUGCCUCGGUGGAAGGAAGCACACCCCUGGUUGUUGCUGCUGCUGCCGCCGCUACAGAUCGCCCGUCACACUCACUAUUCGUUCCACUGCUUCCGCUCCUGCCCUGCCGGCGGCUCGAGAGGCUCCUUCUCGUAAUCCCUGCACACAUGCAUACGCCCACACAGUAAAUGAGGGAUGGAUGGAUGGUAGGAUCGAUGACAACAAACCAAUUAGCACGCCCCAAAUGCAGUGCAGUGUGUUGUGCUGUCAGGCUCCCUCCCUCCCUCACUUGUGGCUGACUUCGCCCCAGUUGGUGGACAAUACCGUCCCGCCAGACGUUUGCUGCGCACACACACAGGGCAGACACACAGCAAUCAAUAGGUAGGGAGGGAGUUACCCAUCAGUCAGUCAGUCGGUCAGUCACACUGGGUUACAUUCAUUCGGCUUACGAAGGACUUGACCAUGGCCCGUCUGGUGUCUUCGUCGCCCUUGGCGUAUAUCUCCCUGAAGAGGGCGUUGAGCGCCGCCUCGCCCUCAGGCCUCUCGGCCUUCAACUCGUCCUCCAACUCCUGCACACACGCAGACGCACGCACACACACACACACAUAGAAAACACACACACAAAGCGCGUGCAGGAGUGAGUGACCGACCGACCUUGUCGAUUUGUUCCCAGUCUUUCUUCUGAGCCCGUGAUGAGGGAUACUGACGUGCCUCACCUGCCAGUCACCGCAUAAACACCACACGAACACACAACACGUACGUACGUCAUCCGGGGGGGCAUAUAUCUCUCUAGGUAACAAACAUGUGUCCGUGUCCAGCUCAUGUCAGUGUGUCAGUGCAGUGCAGUGACCCUUCUUGUUCUCUGCUGCCUUCUCCAGUGUGGGCCAUACAGCACCUGCACACACGCAGAAAAAGAGACACACUCGCACAGACGAACGAUCCCUGAAGCAGCUGAUGUCUCGACACUCCACGCACUUCUCACCCUUCCGUCCCUGCCUAGCCUACCUACCGUAUGUUUUCUUUUUCAUUUUGAGUUCGACUUUGAGUGGGGAGACGACCACAGUGGACAUGUCGGGGACGAUGUCGCCGUGCAGCUCGCCCACACGCAACACCCACGGACAGACCUCACCCUCGCCUAUCCACACAAACACAUGGGGAACGAGCGGAGUGAGGCCGGUCGGUCGGCAGGCGGUACCUGGCAGCUGCAGAGUAAGCGAGAAGGACCUAAGGUCAGCCAACGGAUGGCAACAAACAAGGGUGAGCCAGCUAUCCAUCCAUCUCACCAGUCUCCGACUCGUUCGAGUACCUGUCAGCGAAAGUAGCGUUGCAUUGUUUGUCGGUGAGGCCCUUGGCGUACACAGUCACCAUCACGUGGCUCGACGUCUGCAUCCACUCGUGCCUGCACCGUACAUAUGUUGACAGACAGACAGACAGACAGACAGGCAGACAGACAGGCAGACAGACAGGCAGACAGACAGGCAGACAGACAGGGAGGGAGGGAGGGAGGGAAGAGGGAGCAAUGCAUGCCAAGUGUUUAUAUAUUGUCCCUCUGCGUCUUGACCCGUUUACCUGAUUUUGUGUGAGGCGGCAUCAUCCGAAGGUGGGGGCUGCGGCUGUUGCCUCUCCUUGGGCAGCACAGCGGGGGCCUCCUUCACUACUGGAGCCGCUGGCAUGGGCCGCUCGGCCGAACGCGGCGGAACAACGCUGUGGCCGUUGACUGAGGCACUGCUCGUAGACAGCGGGUAGACAGAGCCUGACAUACAGAUAGGUCUGUCCAUCCAUCGACUGGCCCGGCUGGCGUGCCAGAGCACACAGACCGACCUGAUAUUUCGGCGUUGCAUUUCCUGAUCCAUCUGUCCCAUGGGACGGCGGGGGUGUCGGUGCCAGUGCCCAUCUGGUGGUGCAUGUCGGCCCCCUUCUGGAAACACGUUAGGGCGGCCUCGUACUCACGCUGACUGUACAAACACUCCCUGAGCAAACAUUCAGCACACCACAGGACAGGAGGGUCUGCCUUCAUUGAUCUAUCUAUCUGUCUGCCGUGCGUGUGCGUACAGUACCCCUUCCUGAGGAAUGCCAUGAGUUUGGGUUUGGUCGGCCCCUCGCCGGCCUGACGCGACAAAACCUCGUUGCUGUCAGCUACGCCACCUGAACAAACCAUCAGCCAUCGAGACGAUCUUGGUGCAGCAAGAAUGAGGGAGUCUGACGUCGUCUACCUACCUGGGAAGUUUCCCGAGUGGAUGUGUGCUGCCGCCCGGUUUGUGAGGCACUCGAGCACAUCCUGGGGAGGAGAUCCGACGUCUAUGCCCUCCGAGUAAGCUGCACGCACACCAACAGAUCUGCUGCUUGUGUGUUGUCCGCUGCCAUCAUUCAUCGCCGUGUUUUGUGUGUGUUGACCUUCGAUGGCCAGCGCAUAGCUUCCGUCGACAAAGCGGCUGUUGCCGACACACAGCCACCUGUUCGCGUCCAUGUU